GAAACGCGUAACAUAAGUUCUUAUCUAUGACAGAUAACGUAAAAUGUCUUAUCAUUAGGUUAAAAUACGUCUACUAGCAUUAGUAACGAUCGUCCACAAUCGGUGACACUUCUUCGAGAUAUACCAUGAAUAUAAUAAAAAUUUCCACAACAGUAUUCAGUGUGUUAAGUUUGUACACUACUCUUGUCUCUGGUGACUACUCGUGUGUAUGUAACUACAAUGUCGAGAAGAGUGUAUUUACAACAAUGAAUGAGCAGGGCAGUCCUAUUGGAUACAUGUAUGAAUUUGAUUGCAAACAGAAACUGGACUUGCAACAAGGCACACAAGGAUGGUUCGAAAUAGCUUUCGAGCACCAGAUUGGAUACCUAAAACAAGACGAUCAGAUUCAACUUCAACUUUGUCCAGGGGAUCCACCACAUGAGGAUAUUGUGACGACAGUUUCGUCCCCAGUCUCUUCGACCCAGUCAGCAGUCACAUCGUCUACGAAUUCUUACCAAACUUCAAAGAUAGCAGCACCAACUGACAUUUUAUCAUCAACAAUAUCAACAAAACUAAGCACCCAAACACAAACGUCACAGAUCACAACAUCACAAUCUGUAGUUUCAUCGUUUGCAGCCAUCUUUACAAGGCUUUCAACAACAAAGCAAACGGCACAGACAUCAACAACAGGAUUGGUUACCCAUACUCUAGCAUCUAGUAUUCCUAAUACAUUCAGUCUAGGGAAUGUAGAUCUGUGUUCAGAUAAAGUACGGACUUUUGCUCAAUCACACCACGGAAUCGUAGCACAAUUUGAAAAUAACUGCUAUGUUUUAGUCAAAGAUAUUCAACAUUGGCUUCAAGCAGAGCAAAGCUGUAAUUCAGCAGGAGGUCAUUUGGUGCACAUUUCAAGCCGGAUGGAGCAAUCGUAUAUAUAUUCCUUUCUUAAAACACAUUAUGAUCACUCUAUCUGGAUAGGUCUAAGCGACAUACAGCAUGAAGCACAUUUUCAAUGGUCCUCAGGACAACAGUUUUACUUUGUAAACUGGGCAAACCACACCCACUUCUCCGACACGUUCGAGGAUUGUGUUGUAAUGGACAUGCAUAUUCAUGGAGGAAAAUGGGACGACAGAGAGUGUACUUUUGAAUUCUACCCUUAUAUUUGUCAAUAUGGACUUGCAGGGACCGAAGUAGCAAUAACGACACAGACGUCUCUCCAGAACUCAAACAUCACAGAUGGAAAUACUCAGCUUUGCCUAGGCCAGAUCAAAAGCGACGCCGCCUUUCAUGGAGCAAUACUCGGACAGUAUGAAAGAGGAUGCUACGAACUUCUUCUUAACAAGAAAGUUUCCUGGGAACAUGGUGAAAAUAUCUGCCAGUCAAAAGGAGGCCAUUUAGCACACAUUAGCAAUUCACAGCAACAAGCGUUUGUAGAAAGCUUCAUGCAGCGUCACAAUCCAAGUCAUGCCGUCUGGCUUGGACUUCAUGAUACUAUAACAGAAGGAACAUUUCAAUGGACAGCAGGAACUAGUGCACAGUUUACGAACUGGAUACCUGGGCACAGUGACAACACCCUGGGUGGACACAAUCGUGAGGACUGUGUAACAUUUGUACCACAAAGACAGGGUUACUGGGACGAUGUAUCUUGUGGAUAUGAGGAAAUAUUUGGUGACGAUUCUGGGGAAACACACUAUGCUUUUUGUCAGUAUAAAAUCAAUAGUGUUGUGCCGAUCGUUGGAUAAAUAACUUAUUUUCAAAGUCUGUGAAUAAAGAACAAGUUACAUGGAAGUUAUAAUACUUUAUUAAAUAGAGGUACUUACUAAAUCGUAACCUGUAAUGGAGCGCGGAAGGAAAGUUGGAGCUAGCUACCAAUAUUUGUAUCGGCUGACUUAUAUUUUUUCUUCUAUAAUACAAAACAAGUCCCGGUUAAUAUUUGUUUUUGAGGUGUAAAUAUAACAGUCGCUUUAAAAUGUCAAGGUAGUUUAUGUAAUAAAUACCGUUGCAAUAAUUAUCACGUGAUAAAGUUACUUUAUAUGUGACAAACGCCUCCGAAUAAAUGAAGUCAAUGUUCAAUACUCAAAUUCGAAAAUAUUCUUCGAUGUGAAAAUACAAUUACUGUGUUUAACAGGAGUAACACUUUUAUCAAAAACGAUGAUUAUUCUAUUUCACUGGUCUAAGAAAUCAACUCGAGAAUCAUUCUUCGUAUUCCUGUAAACGUGUGUGCAAGUUUAUUCUCGUAUCAUAUACUAGUGUUAUAUAUUUUGACAUUCGACACCCGAUCCUUGAUACAUUGUAACAGUUUCUAUUGUGUGUGUAUGAUUUAUACAUCUGAAUUCACGAUACAGAGUACUGCAAACUCCCAUUUUUAAUGUUAUAUAAAUCACAACUAAUUACCAUGAGGUAGAAUUGUCCUGUGUGCUUGCAUCGUUAUACGCACAUGCUUCAAUUACGGAAACGAACGAUUUGCCGUCCCGAGUUUAAUUACGUUUGCUCGGAGACCCGAAGAAAUGUCCGCGGCUCCGUAUAUGUUUUGUGGCCAAUUUCUAUCGGUUGCGUACGAUAUUAUUUAAUUUGCAUAAUGUUGAUAGUAAUCUUUGAAUAUUUAGCAACAUAUCGGGAUGAAUUGCAUCUGUUAUUUUGUUAUAUAGUUAAAAAUAGUCUAAAUUGCCGACGUUAGCUCCUCCCAUUUUACUGUUCGGCUACCUCCGUAAUGUGCGUGACGUCAUAAUUUUAGGCCCGGGUGAAAUUAAAUAACGCUGGGAGAUCAUCGUGAACACUC